GCCAGCCACACUUCUCUUUGACCUCAUCGCCAAAGGCUCAAAAGCAACGUGGUUUCCACGUUACAGCGCAAAGCCCCAAACUGCUCCUCUACCAUUUGUUCUCUUUUAUCCCGAUCGAGAGAGUCGAAAGAUAUAGAGAAGGGAAGAAGAGAUGCACGAUUUUUGCUUCACGAUCCCUUACGGCCUGCUCUUGCUUUCCGGCGGAGCGAUCGGCUAUUUCAGGCGGGGCAGCACUGCAUCGCUCGCCGGAGGCGGAGGAGCCGGCGUACUUCUCCUGUUCGCCGGAUUUUUCAGCCUCAAGGCCUUCGAGAAACGGCGCAACUCUUACUUAGCUAUGACACUGGAGACUGUUUGUGCACUCACAAUUACAUAUGCUAUGGGACAACGAUACCUUCAGACUUCUAAGAUAAUGCCUGCCGGCUUAGUCGCUGCACUCAGGUAUAAUAAGUAGUUGAAGUGAGAGUGACAGGAGAAAACAGUUAGCUUAGGGAGGAAAAUUGGUUACUGCCAGAUCCUUGGGCACCAAGGCGCUAGUCCUAAAAGAACACAACCCGAGAGGUGGGCAUCUAGGCGUCAUGAUACCAGCGUCUAGGCGUCGGGCCCUUGGGCACCUAAGCGCUCAUGCAAAAUUUAGCAAACUGAGAGCUUGGAGCCUAGGCGCCAGUUUUGGCUAGUUGUUGCAGUUCAAGUGCCAAUUCGUGGGAAAAUCGUGUGCUGAAGGAAGGAGUCGUGGAUGCUAAGUAUUGGAGCUUAUAAAUAGUCAUGUAUUGCAAGAGCUGAUUGAUGGUUGUGGGAUUGAUGUUGGCUAGCUACUUAGGGGGCUUAUCUUACUUUGGGAGACAAUAUUUCUUCGAGUUAUGAUGAAUUUACAUAUAACUCUGUUAAGGAACAUUUACAUAUAUA